AUGGACCGAGAGCCGCACACCGCAUCCCAAAGGACCAGCAAAAGCAAAGCCAGCUAUCGCAAGCAGAGACCACGUGAUCCAAGCCUGUCUCAAGGCAAACCCAAAGCUCGGCAUAUUACACCAGUGAGUGCAUCUGGCAUCCACAAUGGCGAUGUUGGCAUAUUCGUCACCUGCGACAAAGGCCAGGAGAAGAAAUGCUUGCUGGAGCUCGGAGAUCUUUUGGGCGAGUACAUCCCGGAUGAGCAGCAGCCUGAGCAGCAGGGAAAUGGCAAUGGAGGAUCGAGCGAAGUGGACCAAGACAACGACAUCGAGGCAGACAUUCUCGCCGAACUAGAUGCACUCCGCCCUAAACCGACGACAGGCUUCACCUCGCAGAAGCUGUCUUUGAUAACCUUGGACAUACCUUGUGUUUCGUUCGUCAGAUUCCCUGCCGCCAAACCAGCAGAAGCCGGGGUGGACCCUGUGGCAGUCGUGCGCAAUAUGUGCCUAUCGGCCUCUCAGAAGGAUUCUUCUGGACCACGGAGCCGCUAUAUCAAGAGACUGACUCCAGUAAGCCUGAUACGCAAAACACUGAACAGCGGGCUUGAAUCACUCUGCGACCAGAUCCUCCCACCACACUUCCUGCUAGAGCCCGAUAAUGCUGGGACGCAGUCGGAGCCGGCAGCUCGAGGAACCCAGGCGAACGUGCCCGUCAAGUUCGCCAUCCGUCCCACAAUCCGGAACAACAAUAAGCUUGACCGAGACCUGGUCAUACGGACAGUCGCGGACAAGAUCUCAGCAUUAGGCCAGGGCAAGCACACGGUCGAUCUCAAGGGUUAUGACAAGGUCGUGCUCGUCGACGUGUACAGAAAUGUGGUCGGCAUGAGCGUCGUAGGGAGCGACUUCGAGACUCUCAAGAGGUUUAACCUGUCCGAGAUCCACGCCAGCCACUUUGAUGACGACAAGCAAGAGCAACAGGUUGAAAAGGCGGCCACCGCUGAUUGA